GUGCGCCGUAUAUUGAGUUUGGCGCGCUUGACUACAAGGAAGUCUACUGAACGGCGUGUGGCUGUUGUACCUGUUCCACAGUAUUAUUAACAUAUCAGCUUAAUUACAAGGAAGCAGCAUGUGGAACCAGGGAGGAAACAAUGAGUCGAGUACGGUCGGAGGCUACACUCAGUCUCCAGGGGGCUUUGCAUCACCUGCCGCAUCCCAGGGAGAGAAGAAAGGGAGAACCCGGGCCUCACAGAUAAUCCCCUGCACAGUUUCUCAGUUGAUGUCUGCCUCCCAGGUGGACGAGGCCUUCAAAGUAGGAGACGUUGAAGUUGCUCAGGUCACCAUCGUGGGUAUCAUCAGGAGCACAGACAAAUCCAUGACCAACAUCCAGUACAAGGUCGACGACAUGACCGGUGCCCCUAUGGACGUGAAGCAGUGGGUGGACACGGAGGACCCCGGUGUGGACAGCACUGUCCUGCCUCCGGGCACAUAUGUCAAAGUCUCUGGCAACCUGCGCUCCUUUCAGAACCACAGAUCUGUCGUGGCAUUCAGUGUCAGGCCCCUGGAGGACAUGAAUGAAAUCACCUCGCACAUGCUGGAGGUUGUUCAAGCGCACUUGGCGCUCUGCAAACCUCAAGCCAUGUCGAGUGCUGGAGGAGGAGGUGGAACGGGCUGUGACGUCACGCCGAUCUCUCGACCGGCCGUGGAGAGCCGGGGAGGGAGCUAUGAAGGUGCCAACGACAUGGUUAACAAUGGGUUAAGUGCAAACCAGAACCAGGUGCUGAGUUUGAUAAGAGGCAGCCGUGACGCAAAGGGCAUCAGCAUUCAGGAGCUGAAGCAGAGACUCGGAAUCAUGAGCAUGAAUGUCAUAAAGCAAGCAGUGGAAUUCCUAAGCAACGAAGGUCACAUCUUCUCCACCAUCGACGAAGAUCACUACAAAUCAACAGACAACGACGAAUAGACUCCUUCGUGUUCUGUCACCAGUUAUCUGAGUUUAAUGUGAUACUAGUCAAUACGUAUUAGAAUCACAACCUCUCGGCCCUGAGAAUCCUUUCUCUGUUCAGGUUCUGUGGUUGGUGUUAGUUCAAGAACACAUGGUUUAGGUUUGGCGAGACCCUUUCACGCACACAUCCUGUCAUCCUGAGGUCACUUCUGCUAUUUUGCAAUUCCCAAAGGUGUUGCUGUUGAGGAAGCCGUUGUUAAUACUGUUAUUCUGUUUUUCUCACCUCCAUUGUUAAAGCAUUUUGUAAUUUUUAAUAUUUGGAACGUUAGUACUCAAUAUGUUUUUGUCUAUGUAACUUUACUUUUGCCAAAAUUAAAAGAUUAUACAAAA